UUUUCAUUUUUACAAACGAACACUACGCUACAACAGUACAAUGCAAUCCUACAAGUAACCAGUUCCGUGUCUGAACUCAGUCAAUACAGAAGACCCCUAAACAAUUUUGUCUACCGAAGGAAAAUAAAACUACCAAUUUGACCAAAAUGUGUUUUGGUUGUGUUGCGGAAAGAAAUAUAAGGAAAAUUGAUUUUUAAAAAUGUAUGCUGCUAUAGCGCUAAUGGACGCCGAGGAAUCCGAAGAAAGGGAAAGGCGGAUACAGAGGAGGAGAUUGCGAGACCACACCAAUGUAAUGGAACUACCUGAGACUGAAUUUGUUGCAAAAAUCCGAAUCAAUAAAGAAAUAUUCCAAUACAUAUUAAACGAAUUAAAAGAGCACAUGGCUCCAUCACAUAGAAGCACCCACCUAUCGCACCAGCUAAAACUCGCGACUUUUUUAAUAUUUCUCGCCACCGGCAGUUACCAAAAAUCUGUUGGUAACGAAAAUAUUUCGUCGAUGGGGCAGUCAACUGCAGCCAACGUGAUCAGGGAAUGCCUAAAUAUUUUUGAGGGCCAUUUUUGCCAGAAAUGGGUGAAUUUUAGGAGAAACAUCGAUGAGGAAAAUGCAGUUAAAGAAUAUUUCUUUACCUGGGGUUAUUGCUUGUGUUAAUGGAACACACGUUCGUAUUAAGUCGCCAGGAAGUGACAACCACCAUUUAUACCUCAACCGCAAGGGUUUUUACAGUCUUAAUGUAAUGGCGAUGAGUUUCCCUACAGACGCUAGGCAUCCAGGGGCGAAUCAUGAUUCAUUUGUUUGGAAUGUGAGUCACGCAGAACAGGAGCUAAAAUCUGAUUAUAACAAUGGAAAAACCAACACAUGGCUACUCGGUGAUUCUGGUUACCCCUUGCAGCCAUACUUGGUGACGCCAUUCAGAAGCGCAGCCGAUGAAAUUCAACGAAAUUACAACACAAAGCACUCGAAAGCUCGUAAUGUAAUUGAGAGAUGUUUCGGUGUUUUGAAAAACCGAUUUCGAUGUAUAAUUGGCUCGAGAGGGCUACACUAUUCACCAGAAAAAGUUACACAAAUUGUAAAUGUGUGCUGUGCUAUUCAUAACGUUUGUAUAUUUUUCAAACAUCAAAUUCCAUUGGAGAGCCCAGAUAUGGAGAAUCUUGUUAGUUACGAAGAAGAACUGGAAAACAGUAACAUUUCGAAUGCAGCUGCCCUUAUUAGAAUGAGAAUAGUAGAGAGUUUGUUAUAAACGCAGUUUUAUUAUAAAGUAUGUGUGUUUAGAAUUCAUGUUCACCAGCAAAAUUCAUUUGUCUUAAAAUUAAUAAAAUAUUUACAUAAAAAUUCAACAAAAUAUCUUUUCAGUCUUAAAUCCUAAAUCUACAUAUAAACUAAGUAAAUGCAACAAAAUAUCAAUUCACACUUAAAUCUAAAAAAUAUUUACACAAAAAAAAAAACAAAAUAUCACUUCAAUACUCUCGCAAUAGUGGUAUGAAAAUUAAUUCCGGAAGUACUCCAAAAAUUUUUCAAAAAUUUCAGAUUGGCGUUCCACUGCAGCAGUUAAUUUGUUUGUGGCAUCCACCUGCAGCAUUGAUACCUCUGCCAUUUUUUUUGCAGCCUCAGCCUGCACUUUAGCGGCUUCUGCUUGGACUUUAGCAGAUUCAGCCACUGUCUCUUGGAAGGUGCGCUUCCUAUUAGUUGGUUGUGCCUUAUAGGAGAUUGAAGGGUGGUUGUUUGUUGCCUUCGUUGGUCAAGUGUUGGCGAUUCAGUCACAAGUAAAGGAGGCAUUUCCUCCAACGACGAAUGUCUUGACAUGUUAGAGGUCGCCGUCGAAGGAAUGCCGAAAACUCUGCCGCUCGGGGCUGCUGACCUCGAAAUAAAAACCAGGCUGUCUAUGGCCUGCUCCAUUUCGGAAAGCGGAGAGUGACGGAAUGGGCCACCACCGGUAGCAGUAAGGCUUCGUUUGUUUUCGGCUUUUCAAGUCAGCCCAUAUCUUGAAAAAUAAAAAUAAAAUAAAAAUCAAUGUCAGUAAAAUGGAAAUAGUGCGCAAGCAUUUAUCUACCACAUACAAUGUAUGCACUUAUGCUUACUUUCUUCCAUUCGACGGCCGUUCUUGUAGGAGGACCAUGAGAAUUAAUUUUCCUCAUAAUUUCUUCCCACCGCUCCUCUACCCUUCCUCGAUCAGAUCCAAAUACUGCAACACAUCUGGCCAGGUCAGGAUUUCUCUCCAUUUCUUUUACCAGUACUUCAAAUUGAGUGGUUGUAGUUUUUUUCGCGCUGCAAGCAUAAAUAUUAAUAUAUUUCCUUAAACCAAGUUAUAUUUUUUAUUUUCUUACUUUUCCUGGCAGAACCCUCCAUCUUAACGAUCACUAAUAACCUUUCGUCUGUUUUCAACGAUUGUCGUCUCACUUUCGUCUUCUAUUCGCCUUAAAAAAUUCCAAACUAGACGAAAACUACGUAACGAUCAGCUGUUUUCGUGCUGCCAGACGAUUUCGACUUACAUACUACCAACACACGAAAGAAACGUCUGGCAGACGAAACGAACGUUAGCUUCGAGAUACAUGAUUAGGCUGAAAAUUUAGUGGUUGUUCUCACUUGCCUAGUUAUCAGGUUAUGUGGUUAUAAUUUUUAUUCUGUUUACAAAAAUCAAAUAAAAAGAAAAUUCCCCCUUUCCCACUCCAUAGCACCUGCAGUAUAAGUUUGCACCAAAAAAAUUGUAUACCAUUAGAAUUAGAAAAAAAGGGUGAACAACGUCCACUUCUUCGUUUCUUGCUAGCUUAACGGGCCGUAUUCUGCACUUAUGCCUGAAAUUCACGACUAUUUUCACUAAAAUCACACUUUUCCACAGUUUCCAGAUUUUCUUUAUUAAUUAUUACA